GGUUACUUGAACUACAGCAGGCGGUUUGUUAAAGCAAGGUAAUGGCUUGGCAGUCCAGUGGCAGAACACAUAUUGAGCUGAUAAACAACUUGUACAACAACCGAGUAAUAACUUCAGAGCUUGUUAAAAAUAUUAUGCUUUCUGUGGACCGUGGGUAUUUUGCUAAGACAAAUGCGUACGAAGACCGGCCACUAUCAAUUGGCUUCGCUGCAACAAUUAGUGCUCCUCAUAUGCAUGCACAUGCCCUAGAAGCUCUAAGAGAGCACCUCAAACCUGGUGCACAUGCUUUGGAUGUCGGGUCAGGUAGUGGGUAUUUAACAGCAUGUAUGGCGCUUAUGGUUGGUCCUACUGGUGUUGCUGUAGGCAUUGAACAUAUUGAUGAGUUAACCCAUUUUGCUUUGGAAAAUGUCAAAAAUUGGAUGAAUCACAGUAGAAUAGCACAGUCAAAUGGGAUAGAAUUGGGGAAGCAGCUCAAAUUUAUAACUGGUGAUGGUCGUGAUGGUUGGCCAUCUGAUGCACCAUAUGAUGCGAUUCACGUGGGUGCAGCAGCCCCAACUAUUCCUAAUGCAUUAAAAGAGCAAUUGAAAAUUGGUGGUCGUUUAAUUUGUCCUGAAGGGCCUGAAGGCGGGAAUCAAGCUUUAAUUCAAAUAGAUCGUUUAUCGGAUGGUUCAUUUCAACGUAAACCUCUAAUGGGUGUGAUUUAUGUUCCAUUGACGGAUAAAGAUCGACAAAUUGGACCAAGAUAUAAAUUAAUGUCAUCAAUGCAAUUAAAACUUAUACCUAAUAGUAAAGUAUCCAUGUCUUACUGUAUUAUUACCGUUGUUUCAUUCAUAUCAUUUUACUAUUGAUCAUGAGUGCUCAUUAGUGUUGACUUUUGGUUAAUCACAUAUAUAAUUUCCACACCCUCUCUCUCUUGGGGGAAGGUGCAAUUCAAACUUGCCAAAUUGUUACUUUCUGAAUAGAUUAUCACUUAUUUUGCUUAAACAAUUUGUGCAUUCAAUUUUCAAUGCUUAUUCUAAUGUCUAUUUAAGCUAAGAGUAUAUUCAUUGAAAUGACUUUUCUGCUGCUUGACUGAUUUUACCUCCUACAUAAGUCAUUGAAUCAUCUGUUGGCUUCGCUUGAGUAUUUAAUUUUGAUGCAGAUUAAUUAUACACAUAAUCAUCUAUAUUAUUUUUUUUUAUAUCCCCCGCUAUAUGAUCUCUCCCGUCCUAUUGUAUAUUUUCAUGUGCUUGCAUGUAUGUGUGUUCAAGUUUAUACCUUCAUGCAGAAGGGAAACACAGGUGUUUCGUUUGGUGUUACGUUUUGUUUUCAUUCGUUUGAAUCUGUAGCACAGCAGCUGAAAGAUAGUUGAGUUUCAGCUGUUGAAUCAUAGUUAUGUUUUCGUGGGUGGAUGUUGUUACACCAAAAAUAAUCAAAGGGAUCUCUAAUGCACAAUCUAAUACUUCGGUUCUCUGGACUUAAGAUUAAAUAUAUUUUAAAAUUCUUUAAAACAGAAUCACUGUAAAGGAUUUUUUUUAAACUAGAAGAUAUACAAUGAGAAUUUGAGUUAAUUAUCUGAGUUUUAUUUUAUUGAAAUAAUUGAUUUAUUGCAUGACUUCCAAUUGUGUCUAUUGUUUUUGAGCCUUUUUCGUGUGUAACGCUUAGUUUUUCGAACUCAAUAAACCAUAAGUAUUUGUCAACCUAUUGUUUCAUCUUUCGAUAUCAAUUUAAAUGGAUGAAUUUUAUUUCACCAAUACACUUCUCGUGAACAAUCAUCAUACAAUCAUUUUGUCAAUAAAUUAGACCAGUUAAUUAUUAAUUGCUUAUUUCCCAAUAAAAUUUAUAUUAAUUUUAGUUUUAUUGUUAUAAUAAAGGGUUUUGUGAUUUCUUAAAAACAUCCCAAAAGAAACUUUCCUAUUUCGAUUCCAUACGAUCAAAUUGAAUUUUGAAUGGUAACACAAUAAAGCAGCUUACCAAUAUC